CUCUCCUUUCAAAUUCAAACUCUCUUGCUCUCUCACAGCAGCUCCUACCCGCUGCACUGCCAUUAGGGAGGACGAUUUUUAUUUUGAUUUUGUGGUCGUCAAUUUCUACCAUUUUGUGUUCAUCCUAGACCCACAAGCCGAAGUCGCCAAACAAAAGUCUUUCUUGGAAUUGCAGUGGUGUCAACAUAGCGGUACUCAAAGAAAUAUAAGGAUACGAUCUUUGUUCUGAAAAGAGAACGCAAAAGAGAUAAAGAUGCGAAGAUAUUUGAAACGUAGGCAAGCUUUGAUCGCAAACCCCAAAUACCAACUUCGCUCGCCUCACACUCAAAAUAACACCCAUUCUCAACACAUCAACAACCACCCUCCUACUCUUCACAACCUUGUUCGUCUCUACGCGGCACGUAAUCAAAUCCAACUUGCUCGUCACGUGUUUGACCAAAUUCCGAACCCAAAUGUUGUUUUGUGGAACAUGAUGAUCCGAGCUUAUGCUUGGACUGGCCCUUUUCAUCAAUCCAUUCAUCUGUACCAUCGGAUGCUGCAACUAGGUGUUAGACCCAACAACUUCACCUUCCCUUUUCUUCUCAAAGCCUGUUCAGCUCUCCAAGCAAUUGAACUUGGGAGACAAAUACAUGACCAUGUCCUCACACUUGGCCUACAGGCCGAUCUCUACGUUUCUACUGCCUUGCUUGACAUGUAUGCCAAAUGUGGCAAUUUUUUUGAAGCACGCACAAUAUUUGACAGUAUGUCCCAUAGGGAUAUUGUCUCAUGGAAUGCAAUCAUUGCUGGCUUUUCAUUUCAUGCUUUUCACGAUCAAACAAUUCACUUAGUUGUCCAAAUGCAGCUAGCCGGAAUAACACCUAAUUCUUCCACUAUUGUAUCUCUUUUACCCACAAUUGGACAAGCUAAUGCCUUAUGCCAGGGGAAGGCUAUUCACGCUUACUCUGUAAGAAAGAUCUUCAGUCAUGAUGUGGUUGUUGCAACUGGGCUUUUGGAUAUGUAUGCUAAGUGCCACCACUUAUCUUAUGCCCAGAAGAUCUUCAAUGCCCUGAACCAAAAGAACGAGAUAUGCUGGAGUGCUAUGAUUGGGGGAUAUGUCAUUUGUGACUCCAUGAGAGAUGCUUUGGCCCUUUAUGAUGACAUGGUAUAUAUGCAUGGCUUGAAUCCUACGCCUGUCAUUCUUGCAAGCACACUUCGAGCAUGUGCAAAACUCACUGAUCUGAAUAAGGGGAAAAACUUGCAUUGUUACAUGAUUAAAUCAGGGAUAAAUUCAGACACAACAGUGGGAAACUCGCUGAUAUCAAUGUACGCCAAAUGUGGAAUCAUGGAUGAUGCACUCGGAUUUCUUGAUGAAAUGGUCAUAAAAGACUCGGUUUCUUAUAGUGCUAUCAUUUCAGGAUGUGUGCAAAAUGGCUAUGCAGAAAAAGCUGUACUUAUUUUUCGCCAGAUGCAGCUAUCUGGGACCGACCCAGAUUCCGCGACCAUGAUAGGUUUGCUUCCAGCUUGUUCACAUUUGGCCGCUGUACAACAUGGGAUCUGUUGCCAUGGAUACUCAGUCGUUAGAGGCUUCACUGCAAAUACCUCCAUUUGUAAUGCCAUCAUUGACAUGUAUGCAAAGUGUGGAAGGAUUCAUAUCAGUCGGCAAGUUUUUGAUAGAAUGAAAAAGAGGGAUAUUGUUUCGUGGAAUACAAUGAUAAUUGGUUAUGGCAUUCAUGGGCUAUACAUAGAAGCAUUUUCAUUGUUUCACGAAUUACUGGCAUCAAGCAUGAAGCCGGAUGAUGUGACCCUUAUUGCUGUUUUAUCUGCAUGUAGCCAUUCAGGACUUGUGACGGAAGGGAAAUAUUGGUUUAACAGCAUGAGCCAAGAUCUCAACAUCUCACCAAGGAUGGCACAUUAUAUAUGCAUGGUUGACCUCCUGGCCCGAGCAGGAAAUCUGGAUGAAGCGUACUCCUUUAUUCAAAAGAUGCCGUUUGAGCCCGAUGUUCGUGUAUGGAGUGCAUUGCUCUCUGCAUGUAGGACCCGCAAUAAUGUUGAAAUGGGUGAACAGGUGUCAAAGAAGAUACAAAUGCUGGGACCUGAGGGUACUGGGAAUUUUGUUCUUAUGUCUAACAUCUAUAGUUCUGUGGGCAGAUGGGACGAUGCAGCACAUAUUCGAAACAUACAGAAGCAUCAAGGUUACAAGAAAAGCCCAGGAUGCAGUUGGAUUGAGAUCUCCGGGGUAAUCCAUGGAUUUAUUGGGGGUGAUCGAUCUCAUCCACAGUCAGUAUCCAUAAAUAACAAGUUACAAGAACUGUUGGUGCAGAUGAAAAGAAUGGGAUAUCAGGCAGAUUCUGGUUUUGUUUUCCAUGAUGUAGAAGAAGAGGAGAAGGAACAGAUUCUCCUUUAUCAUAGUGAAAAAAUAGCCAUUGCGUUUGGAAUUCUUAGUACCAGUCCCAGGAACCCCAUUCUAGUUACAAAAAAUUUGCGUAUAUGUGUUGACUGCCAUAAUGCAGUAAAAUUUAUGACUCUUAUAACAGAGAGGAGGAUAACAGUAAGAGAUGCAAGUCGAUUUCAUCAUUUUGAGAAUGGAAUCUGCAAUUGUCGGGAUUUCUGGUGAAAGAAUAAUAAAUUUCUAUUUCUUUCAGAAAAUGGUGAAUGAGGGGUACGGUUAACCAUUGGUUCUGCAUCAAUUUUUCGAGAAGUGUUCAAGAUAGCGUUGCCCGUCGCUUUUGCUAUGAACUUACUCGGAUGUGCUAUAUAUAUGGCAUUGUUUGUAUAUAUUUCCUUUAAUCAAAUUGUUUCGCAUGCAGCGUUUUGAUUAUUUAACUCAUUUGUUUCAUGUGAUAAGGCAUUUAAUCCGGAGUCAGUCGACCCACCAGUUAGUGCUCGCCCUGAUCAGGUGGAGAAAGUUCUAAAAACCUGUUAUCAAUAUCAUGAUGCAAAUAAUAAGUUUCAGGGAAGGGAGCUUGAUUUGCUCAUUGUUAUUUUGCCUGACAAUAAUGAAUUUCUUUAUGGUGACCUCAAACGUAUAUGUGAGACAGAUCUUGGACUAGUUUCACAAUGUCUGUAAAAUGAGGAAGCAGUACCUUGCAAAUGUGGCAUUGAGAAUUAAUGUCAAAGUUGGAGGGAGAAACACUGUACUUGUUGAUGCACUUUCACGCCGCAUCCCCUGGCACAGUUGUCAAGUCCAAAAUCUGCCAUCCAACAGAGUUUGACUUUUAUCUUUGUAGUCAUGCUGGAAUACAGGUGUGAUCUGCUACACUUUGUGCGCAAAACUUAUAAUUAUAUGUUAAACUACAUCCUCAAUGAUGUAAACCAUGUGCUACACAGGGUACAAGCCGUCCUGCUCACUAACACGUGUUGUGGGAUGAAAUCCCUAUAAAAAUAAAUUUUUGUACUA